CGCUGCGGCGCAUGCGCGGUGCCACUCCGCCGGGGAGUCCUGCGUGGCUCCAUAACCGCGCGGGGCCGCGGAGCGCCAGCCGGGGUGGGGGAUGUCGGUGGAGCCGGAGCGACCGGAGUCGGCGGGCGAUGGCGGGUCAGAUGUUUUUGAAAUUGUUCUUCCAAUCACUAUCUGUGUGCUGAGCGAUGAUGAUUUUCUCCACGAUGACAGUGAUGAGCGGGCAACGUUGUUUCCUGAGCUGAAGGAAAAGGAUGAGCAGGAGGCUAACUUAGAUAAUAGCAGUUUCUUAAAAAGUAGUGUGACGCCUUCAAGUGAAAACAAUAGUUUAAGGAGUUGGGAAGAAAAGACUCCUUCAAAUAAGGUUGUUCAUAUGAAAUACUUUGAAGAAAAAUGGGUUGCCAGCACUGUGUGUGACAAAUCAAAAUCAACAUUAUCUUCUGUAGGUGAUCAGUGUGAUCUAAGCAAGGAUAAAUACAAUCAAAAUGAUGUAUUGCCUACAUCAACUUGCAAAACAGACCCUGCAGAGAUGAAUGAAACCAGUGACAGCCAGGAAUGUGAUGAUGAUAGUUUCCACAAGAUUCCUCUUCUCCUCUCCUCUGCUGGCAGUGGGGGCAGAGAUGAGACCAUCAAUACAGAAGGAGAGUUGACAUUAGCAACAACAUCCAGAAAUGAAGAAGAACUUGCCAGUGAUGCAAGCAUUCUUUCUGAUGGCAGUCGAGAGAAACAACCGGAAAUCCACACAGAGGUGGAGACAACUGUUGAAACAGAAGAUACUGAUUCUUCAAAGAAUGGAAAUAACAAAGUUGACAGAACAAGAAAGGGAAGCAAAUUUGAACAUGAAACUUGGAGUUCUCUUUUGGAGCAUGACUUGAGAGAAGAACUGAAGCUUACCCUUAGUAGUUCUGCUCCAGUUAUUAAUGGAUUUUCCCCUAAUUCAGAAGAAUUGUUAAAAGAUGUAGGGAAUAUGGAAAUGAAUGUUUUCCUUUGUGCUGAAUCAAAUGCUCCCGAAGAGCAUAUUUAUCAGUCAUUAACUCCAUUUUCUAAAAAAAUGGAUCAGCAACAAAAUGCGAUUUCUCCUCAUGCAAGCCCAGAAGAAUUACGAGAUGAGCAAGAAGGUUUAUCAUGGCUAAGUAACAGUGUGAGCAUCAAACCUCUUUCUAAGGGAUCUUGUUCUAUAAAUAAGCAUGAAAAGUUAAAUUUGAAAUGCAGGUUCUGUAGUUCUGUGUAUAAGUGUACUACACUUCUAAAGAAGCAUGUUUAUUCAGCUCACAAAGAUAAAAGAAAAUAUAAAUGCUGCUUUUGUAAACGAACCUUCUUCUUUUCUGGCAACCUUAAAAAUCACCUUAAGUUUCAUAAGAAAAUUACCAGGUUGCAAAAGGCAAGGAAAAAUAGAAUGAAUGCUCGAAAAAGAAGGCAGAGAAGAACUGAAGAGAGAAAAUCUGAAAUCAAGAAAAAGGAAAGUAAAUAUGAGAAGUUUUUCAUCAAAAUUGAAAGGGACUUUACUCCUGUGGGUGUUCCUGUUAUUUUUUCCUGCAAAAUUUGUUUCUUUGCUUCAUCAAGUCCUAGGAUUUUUAUCCAUCACAUGAAGGGGCAUAAAGAGAGACCACCUUACCAGUGUCCUCAGUGUGAUUAUUCCUGCAUUAACUUAUCCUAUAUGUUAAAUCACAUGUACUGGCAUGCUGGGUAUAAGCUGUAUAAGUGCAGGUUCUGCACCUUUUUUUCUCUGUAUUUUGCAAGCAUGGUAAGGCAUAGCUAUACCCAUACAGGAGCUAAGCCAUAUACCUGCGAGUUCUGCCAGUCAGCAUUCACAAGCACCAGUGGAUUAAAGAGACACAGAAAAUCACAUGCUGGCAAGGAAGCAUGCCAAGGGCAGCAAUUCGUUGAAUUUGUAAGUGGAAGAAAGAGAACCCGAAGACCUUUAAAGAGUUAUGCAUGUGAUGAGUGUAACAUAGUGUUUUAUACUAGAGGACAUCUCAGCUUUCAUAAGAAAUUUCAUGAACAGACUAAUGGUUAUAUGGAUCAGAGUAAUGAAUACCGUGAGAGCAAAAUAUGUGAAGUUGACAGUAAUUCCCGGGACUGUGUUUCUCUGUCUCUUUCAGAGAAAGACAAUGAUCAUCCCACUGGGGGAAUGUGCAAAAUGCUGGUUUCAGAAUUGGACUUUAGGCAGGCAGGUGAUAUGUGGGACAAUAAGAAAAUGUGCUUUGGAGAGAAAUUCCCUGAAAACAGCUAUGGAAGCAACAGUUUGCCUGCUACUGAGAACGGAUCGGAAGUUUUUCCGGAGUCAUACACAGCAGACACUGUGAUUUGCAAAGAGGAACCUCUCUUCAGCCCUGAGGCCACUCAUUCAAAAGUUCAAGAUGAUAAUGAAGAUGAUACAUACCAUAAAUUUGUGGAGAACUUUAAGGAUACAUGGCCUUCCAGUUUGUCUUCAUUCAAAAUGUACAAGUGUAAACGGUGUGAUUAUGCUACUGCUGCUUAUAGCAACCUUAAGCUGCACCUAAGAAUACACAGACAUGAAAGACCAUUUGAGUGUAAAGAAUGCAGUAAGACAUUUAGAACUUCAAGCCAUUUGCAGAGACACAGCCGUCUUCAUGUAAAGAAUCAAUUUGAGUUUGGCCAUUGCCUGUGUGUAGAUAGCCGUUUAGAGGAUCUUGAAUUGCAUCAUGAAAGGCAUGUAGCUAUAUGUCCUGAAAGAGAUUUUGGCUCUUCAGGAGGUUUAAGCAGUGUCCAUUCCUUGCUUUGUUUGGAAGCACGUGCAGAACAGCCAGAAGUCCAGAGGAGCAAAGAAAGUGAUUUGACAGCACAGAGUCAACCACAGUUCUAUCAGUGUGCCGAGUGUGAGUAUACUACUUACAUUUUAAGCAACCUUAAGCUACACAUAAGAACUCAUACAGGUGAGAAACCUUACAGCUGCAGUGUUUGUCAAAAGAACUUCCGUACUUCCAGUCACCUGAAACGACAUGGGGUCGUGCAUUUUAAUGCAGAGCAUCUCAAAUGCAGGAACUGUGACUAUUCAACAGACAAAUGGCUAUCCUUGAAACAACAUCUGGCUUCACACUCUGAUAAGGAAAUCUCAUCUACUGGCAGUCUCUAUGAACAAAAGGCACUACCUGUCAAAACGUACACGUGUGAAGAGUGUGGCUAUACCACAGUCCACCAUGGAAACUUUAAGCAGCACUUGAGAAUUCAUACAGGGGAGAAGCCAUUCAAGUGUAGUCAGUGUACUAUUUCUUUCCGCACAUCUAGCCAUCUGAAGCGCCACUUGCUAACUCAUCUAAAGUUACACUGUAAAAGGUGUGAAUUUUCUACAAUAGAUAGAUAUGCUAUGCAAAAGCAUGUAAAAACACAUAAGGAUAAAAAAGUGUACAAGUGUAAAAAGUGCAAUGUCACAUUUUCUACCAGAAAGCUCCUGGAAAAGCAUAAACAGCAACAUUUAAGAGCCGGAACAUAAACAUGGAUUUUGCAAGCUGGGUCUCGGUUCUGGAGAACUUUGCAUGUUUUGAAUUUAUUCAUUGUUGUGCAUUUAUCCCCUGUCCCCAGAAUGAUGGCUGGUGGCGUUUUGGUCCAGAGAAUGAAAUCAAGAUUGUCUUGCUCUGGUUCUUCUGAGAGCUUCUGUUCCAGCAAAGGUUGUGCUAAAAAAGUUCCUGGAGGCACAUUUUCAUGUUAGAGCAAUUUUUCUGUUCUCUGAGGUCAGAGCCAUGAUUUACCCUAUGCUUAUCAGUUGAAACACCCUCAGAAAAGGGUGAUCUUAUUCUGUGUCACUUUUUUUUUUGGUAGGUAAACUGGACUCUUGUUUAGCCGAAAGAAUGUUUAAAAGGAGAGGAGUGUAUGUUAUAUUGCAAAGUAAUAACUUUUGAAUGAAAAAUUGUCAGUGUGGUUGGAGGCUUAAUGCUACCUCCCAUCUGCUAAAACUUACAUUCCCUCCUGCAAGGUUCUUUUGCAAAAACUGCAAGAAAACAAAACAGAAGGUAUUUCACAGUAUUACAGAAACAAAGAUUCAUGUAAUCACUAGAUAACUGGGAUAUGAAAGUCUUUUAUGUAUGUAUAUGUAUAUAUAAAAAGGUUGUUAGACACUUAA